AUGUCGUUUUGCCAGGUGGUUAAAAAAAGAACUCGAAGCGCAGUGCUGCACGCAAAGCCUUCACAGCUGCCUGUGGGGACUUUCAUUGAGCACCUUAUGUGCACAAGGGGUUGCUCUACUGCUGUCCAAGGGGUGUUUUGUGCCACCCCUCUUGUCCCAACAUGCGUUCGCCCCUGCUUUCCGCUUAUGACUACUUCUACUGUUGCUGUUCUUAUUCUCAUGGCUGGAAUUGUUGCACCUGCACCACCCACUGUUAUUGAUUUGUUCACCUGUUUUGUGUUUAUUCCUGAGAUGGAAGGGCAAAGUUCCCCACUGCCUUGGAAACCAUUGAUUGGUCAACAACUCAGCUUUGUUUGGUGUAUGAGCGUGCCACUACUAGCAAUAAAGAUUCUAGCAGACUUCUUUAAAAUCGAUAACUUGCGCCCCAAGUUACUGAUUUCUAAACAAGCGAUUAUGAAUUUGGGUGAGGAAUAUCUCUCAAAAUUGCUCUUUACAGAGCCACGAAGGAAGAAAUCAACUCUAGAAAAGCAAAAAGAAAGCUGGAACUCCAUUCCUGUCUGGAUAGAAGCUUCUGAUCCGGGUUGGACUGGAGCUUUAAUAUACUCCAAGCUUUGGGAGGCUUUUGAGCGGGCAGAACUGCGGCUUUUUCAGUUUGAAGGGACAGAAGUGGCUACUCUUAAGAACCUAAUGAGCUAG